CCAGAGGCCAAAGACAGUCAGGGCACCCAGGCCCCGGGGCGAAGCCGCGGGUGCAGGACAGACCGGUGUCGCUCGGAGGCAGAGCGCACGGCUUCUCCCCUGAGCGGCAUGGAGGUGCCCAGCCCUCCCCGGAAGGGGCGGCUGUCGCCCACGCUGGCACUGGCCACCCUGAGCGCGGCCUUCGGCUCGGCCUUCCAGUACGGCUACAACAUCGCCGUGGUCAACACGCCGCACAAGGUGCUGAAGGCCUUUUACAACGACACGUACUUCGCGCGGCACGGGACGCCCCUGGGCGAGACGCACAUGCUGCUGCUGUGGUCCUGCACCGUGGCCGUGUUCCCGCUGGGCGGCCUGCUGGGCUCGCUGCUGGUCGGCGGGCUGGUGGACACGUGCGGCAGGAAGGGAACGCUGCUGAUCAAUAACAUCUUCGCCAUCGUCCCCGCCAUCCUGAUGGGAGUCAGCAAGGUGGCCAAGGCCUUCGAGCUCAUCAUCCUGGCCCGGGUGCUGCUGGGAGUCUGCGCAGGCAUCUCCUAUAGCGCCCUGCCCAUGUACCUGGGGGAGCUGGCCCCCAAGAACCUCAGGGGCACGCUGGGCACAAUGACCGAGGUUUUCGUCAUCGUGGGCGUCUUCCUGGCGCAGAUCUUCAGCCUGCAGGCCAUCCUGGGCAAUCCCACAGGCUGGCCCGUGCUCCUGGCCCUCACGGGAGUCCCUGCGCUGCUGCAGCUGCUGUCGCUGCCCGUCUUCCCCGAGAGCCCGCGCUACACCCUCAUCCAGAGAGGAGACGAGGACGCGGCCCGACGAGCUCUGCGGAGACUGAGGGGCUGGGCCGACGUGGAGGACGAGAUUGAGGAGAUGCGUGUGGAGGACCAGGCCGAGCGGGCCGAGGGCCGCCUGUCCGUGCUCAACCUGUUCACCUUCCGGCCGCUGCACUGGCAGCUCAUCUCCAUCAUCGUGCUCAUGGCCGGCCAGCAGCUGUCCGGGGUCAACGCGAUCAACUACUACGCGGACACCAUCUACACGGUGGCCGGCGUGGCGGCCAAUCAGUCCCAGUACGUGACCGUGGGCGCCGGCGUGGUCAACAUCGUCAUGACCGGCGUCUCGGCGGGCACCGUGGAGUGGCUGGGCAGACGGCUCCUCCUGCUGGUCGGCUAUGGAAUCUGCGGCUCGGCCUGCCUCGUGCUCACGCUGGCGCUCCUCUUCCAGAGCGCGGUCCCCGGGCUGUCCUACCUCAGCGUGGUCUGCGUCUUCUCCUACAUCGCGGGGCACUCCAUCGGGCCCAGUCCCGUGCCCUCGGUGGUGAGGACCGAGAUCUUCCUGCAGUCCUCCCGGCCGGCCGCCUUCAUGGUGGACGGGGCUGUGCACUGGCUCACCAACUUCAUCGUGGGCUUCGUGUUCCCCUCCGUCCAGGAGGCCAUGGGGGCCUACAGUUUCAUCCCCUUUGCCGCCAUCUGCCUCCUCACCGCCGUGUACAUCUACGUGGUGAUCCCUGAGACCAAGGGCCAGACCUUUGUGGAGAUAAACCGGAUCUUUGCCAAGAGGAACGGAGUGGAGAUUCCAGAGCCGGAAGGAGCCGCAGAUGCUGAGCCUCACACGUCUCCGCCCACCAAGGGGACGUCCUUCUGAUGGCCCUGCAGGUGCCACCCACGGCCUCCGUCCCUGAGACAGGGACCCCGGCCCCAGCCUCGCCGGAGGGUCCCAGCUCCGAGCCUUCUGUGCCCCGGAGGAACGGGAAGGCUUUGGAAGGAACUGAUUGGUGGAGACGUUGUUGGGUGGUGUGACUCCGGAGAAUGGGCAGGUCCUGGGCAUUGACUGGCAGGACUCUGAUUCUGUGGAUGCAUGAGUCAGAGACUCGUGGACUGUUUAGCAAAACACCCUCUCGGGGUUGGUCGGCUGACAUCUGCCUUGGAAACAGGAGAGCUGCUGUAUCGUAAGAUACAAAGUGCCAAAGCUCACUCAGUAAGAAACAGACAGCCUGUAUAGUCCUACAUCAACGAAAGAAAUUGAAUUGGU